AUGGGCGAUCAAAGCCAUCAAAAUUAUUUUGAUACCGAUUGGGCUAAUGUUUUUAAUAACCAUGAUCUUGUUUCUACUAAUCAUCAAAACCUUGGAGGCAAUAAUUAUACUUGUCAAAACCACGGGGAAAAUGUUUUAAACAGCCAGAAUGUCGGAAAUAAUUAUACUAAUCAAAACUCUGGAGAAAUUCUUCAAAGCAAUAAUUUCAAUCAAUAUUCUAGUCUCAAUGAUAUCAUUUACCAGAAUCUAACUACUACUACGAACAUUAAUCAUCAUCCGAAUAAUUCUUUUGAGAUCGGAGAAGGUUCCUAUCAAAAUUCUAUUAAUUCUACUGUCACCACUGACCAAAACAAUAAUGAGCAACUACUUAUUUACAUAGCAUCUCAACUUCAAAAUAUCCAAAAUGCCAUAAAUCAAUUUUUAGUCAACAGUCGCAACAAUAAUAGAUAA